AUGGAACGAUAUUAUUAUUUAUCGAAAUUUUGUUAUUACAUCAAUACAUCAAUCAUUAUCACAUUUACUACUUUCUGUAUAUUAUUAUUCAUAUUUCAAUUAUCUUUCUUAUUUAAUAAAAAAUACAUUUCUUUAUUAAAAUUAAUUUAAAAAUUAUUAUCUUAUUUUUAAAUUAAUCAUUAAUAGAAAAAUAGAAUGCUCCAUUACCAUUCUAAAAUCCUUGUGAUGAAGAUAGAAUCUUAAGAUUUUACUGCCAAUACUUAGCACUUUCUCAAUGUGUCCCAAAAUUAAUAUUAUACAGGCACAAGCUCUGGAUUAAUUUCUAAGGCCUCUAUUCUCUAUUAUUAUUUAAUUCGUGAUAGUUAAAGGUCUAAUCCAUUACCAGAAUAUUGCCUAUGCAUUUCAUUUUCCCCUUAUCUUCAAUAGGCAAGAAAUUAAGGCAAGCACAAUAAUGUAAUAAAUACAGAUUUAAUUCGUUCAGAAAUAUAUAAUAAUAGAGAUCAAGAUAGCACGGCCUAAAUACCCAAUCGGCCUUUGAUUGUGAUUUUAUUUUUUAGAAUUGAAUUUAAACCAAUUCUAGUUUCAAGUGGUUUAGAAAUCCCUAUUACAAAUUUGUGUUGUUGUAAGGUGGUUAAGAAAUUAUCCUGGUCUUGCAAAAUGGGCUAUUCAUUCAAAUCUGUGUCUAUGAACUCCCACUCAUUUAGUUUUGAUGAAGUUGAGUGA